AUGGACACAUUCACAGAUGUCGACGCGAAAGAUGCGAACGUUAUGCUCGGCUCGCUCAUCGUUUUCUUCGCCACCGGAUGGCUUUUCUAUACGAAACAGUUGUUCAAAAAUUAUGAGGUGCACAAUCGAACGGUCCAGUUCAUUUUCUCGCUAACUUUCGCGUUUUCGUGCAGUUUAUUUGAGCUGAUUAUCUUUGAAAUCGCAGAUGUUAUGGCGCCGUUAUCCCGCUCCCGAUGCUGGACGUUCUGUCUAUCUCUAAUCCUCAUCACUCUCGUCGUCGUCAUCCCUAUCUACACCUCAUUUCUAAUCGUAUCCAGUCUCGUUCGUCGCCACUUCCAACUACCACUCUCCGUCACCCUUUGGCUCAUUUUUAUCUGGUUUUUCUGGAAAAUCGGCGAUCCAUUCCCGAUGCUAAGCCCGAAACACGGCAUUUUCACCAUUGAACAAGUGAUUUCGAGAGUCGGCGUCGUUGGUGUCACCAUUAUGGCCGUUUUGUCGGGGUUUGGAGCUGUCAACGCCCCUUAUUGCUAUAUGACCUUCUUCACGCGGCCGGUUAGUCGAAGAUUUCCAUGUCUGCCAACUAGAGAAGAAACUAACGCACACAAUGGACCUAAUCGUGCUGAAAAGCGAAAAGCCGCCCGUUAUGAGCUGGAAAAAAAUCGAUUAGCCGGAGAGAAGACCCAGAAAGGAGCGUCAACGUUUUUCGAGCGAUUUUUCGAUAGUUUCAGCGAAAAAUCCAGUGGAUCCACGCUUGCAUCGCAAAUUGACCGCCUAAAAGAGGAGAUCAUUCCCCUGGAGACCCUCGCCCGCUUCCUCUUCCUGGACCUUGUCGAAAUGCGACAAAUGCUGAAUCGAGUCGAGUUCUCCAAGACAUUCAUGGGCAUUUACUUCAACAUCCUCGGCCAUUUUUUCUCAAUUUAUUGCAUUUGGAAAAUCUUCAUCUCGUUUAUCAAUAUCGUUUUUGAUCGGGUCGGAAAAGUGGAUCCGGUCACGAAAACCAUUGAAAUCGGGGUUCAUUGGAUGGGCAUUCCGCUGGAUAUCUCAUUUUGGUCCCAAUACAUUUCAUUUUUUCUCGUUGGAGUCAUCGCUGUCACUUCUAUUAGAGGUCUUUUGAUUACGAUGGCAAAGUUCUUUGUGUCGAUUAGCAAUGCCACGUCAUCACUCUCCAAUAUUAUUGCACUGCUCAUGGCACAGAUUAUGGGAAUGUACUUUGUCUCCUCGGUUCUCCUGAUGCGAAUGAACGUUCCCGAAGAAUAUCGAACAAUUCUCACCCGGAUCCUUGGCGACUUGAAAUUCAACUUCUAUCAUCGCUGGUUCGACGUCAUAUUCCUCAUUUCGGCGGUCUCUUCGAUAGUCUUCCUCACCUUGAUCCAUAAAGCCGGGUCCUCCAUGUUUCGGGCCUAA